AUGGAGCUAGCAGAUCUCCUCCAAAUGCCAAGAGUGAAAAAUGAUAGUACACAUCUAGGGCUUCCUCUCCUAAUGAUGAAAACAAAAUUGAGAGACAUGUCAUUUAUCCUCAACAGAGUCAACUCAAGAGUCUUAGCUUGGAAAGCCAAUCUACUAUCAAAAGCGGAAAGAACAACUCUUGUUCAAAUUGUGGAUUCAUCUCUAGUGUUGUAUGUGGCAACAUUAGGGUCGAUUCCAUGUUCCAUCCAAGAAUCAGUUGACAAAUCUUUGAGAUCAUUUUGGUGGGGUGACACAUCUACAAAGAGGAAAGUCCAGACAAUUUCUUGGGGAAAACCUUUCCGUCCUAAGUUGUUUGGUGGGUUGGAAUUUCGAUCAUCUAAAUCCAUCAAUGAAGCUUUCAUGGGAAAAAGGGCGUGGGAAAUUCUUUCAAAGAAGAAUGGUAUGCGACAUGAUUUGGUUCGAGCCAAAUACUUGAAGGAUGGGAACCUCCUUACCUACAACUUCAAACCAUUUGACUCUCAGCUUUGGAAGGGAAUUAUGAAAUCUGUGAGCCUGCUGCAGAAAGGAGUUUGCAGAAGAAUUGGAAAUGGGAAAACAACUUCUAUCUGGUUUGACAACUAG